UAUGCCGCAUCUCCUUCACUGUGUACCCCUAAAGUUUAUUUCAGAAACUUCGUAGAAGUUGAACUAAGUUUAGUUGUUUACGUAGGUGUGACUCCUAAAUUAUGUUUACCUUAAAUUUCAUCCCAUUGAUUUCGAUGUUUGUCAAAUUCAGUUCAGCGAUGUAUGUCGUAGAAAAGAAAGCGAAUUACAGCAAUGGAUACAAUGGCAGUGUUCCUGAUCCUAUUGAGACGUUCAAGAAGUUAUAUCCUGUCAGUAAGUGGAAGAAGACAGGGUUUUUCACAGAGGAUUACAUCAAUAAGAUUAAUCCGUAUUGGUUGCAAUUCGAACCAGCUGGUCAUUUCAGUCAUUUUAUCCUUGGUGUUGUUUAUAUUGUUUUUUUGGUGGUGGGAUUGUUCGGGAAUUUGAUGGUUAUUUUCAUGUUUUUGAGGUGUAAAAUAUUGAGAACGUCAGGAAACAUACUGAUAUUGAAUUUAGCGAUAACAGAUGGACUUAUGAUGAUCGAAAUACCUUUCUUCCUAUUCAAUACCUUCCAGGAAGGACCAGCUUUAGGAGAAAAAGGUUGCCUCAUUUAUGGAUUUCUUGGAGGCUUAUCUGGGUGUGGUUCAAUAAUGACCCUCACAUCAAUCGCUCUUGAUCGUUUUUUCGUGAUCAAGUACCCACUCAAAAGAAAGUACAGCAAACUUCGCAUCAAAAUGAGUCUUAUAGUUACCUGGUCCUACGCAAUCUUCUUCUCCAGUAUACCUCUAUUCGACACAGAAUUCGGUACAUACGUACCCGAAGGGCUACUCACCAGUUGCAGUUUUGACUAUUUGACCGACCACAGAAGUAUACGAUUCUUCAUCUUCACCUUUUUCACAGCAGCUUGGCUACUUCCAAUGCUGGUCAUUUCUUUCAGUUAUAUGAACAUCGUUCAAACUGUUGUGUUAAAAACCAAAGGAAAGAAACUGGGGACCUUCAAGAACGAAUCUUUCAGACAUAUGAAAGAGGAAGAAAAGAAUAGGCAAGAAAUACGGUUAGCUUUCAUCAUUUUCUUCAUAAUCAUACUUUGGGUGGUUUCUUGGACGCCUUAUGCCACUGUAGCACUUCUUGGCAUCUUUGGAUAUAAGGAUCUCAUCACUCCAAUGGGUUCAAUGUUACCAGCGAUGCUCUGCAAGACAGCCAGCUGUAUAGAUCCCUUUAUUUACGCUCUUUCUCACACCAAAUUUAAAAGGGAACUGAGAUCUUUGAUUUUUGGCUCCCAGAGAGAAAAACGAAAACCUAUUAAGCCACAGCAUAAGAAGAAACCUGCGAUGAUGCCAAUUCAAACUAUUCAGAGUUCUUUUGAAGACGACAGAUUUUCAAAUGAUGAUGUUGAAAUAGAAUUUAUAAGGGUAGACUCCAUAACUGACCCUCGACAAUUUAUGGAAAAUCAAACUCAAGGGGACUUCAGAGAUAUUGAAUCAGAUGUUGAUGAACUUGGUGCUAGUUGUAGCAGAUGGGUGUUCAAGCCGACCUUCAGUAAUAGGACAUCCAGCAUAAGGAGGUUGGCUAGAAGUUUAAGUCAGAAGGGAAGUCUCAGAAGUCAGGAUUCUCAAGACCAGAAUUGAAAUUGAAUAAAUGUGCGAGAUUGAUUUGAGAAUAUUGU